GCAAAACAAGGGCCGCUUCGGUCAUUCGGUGUGAUGAUGAUUGUAAUGAGUUGCCAGUUGGCAAUAAAGUAAACCGAAAAAGACGAAUGUAACCUGGACUGUCAGAAUACCUCCCACAAACUGCGAAGCUGUGCCCUUCUCUACUCUCUAGAUUCUCUUUCCAUGUCCUUUCCUUGUAAAAAGCUGAAAGACCCCCCUUUCCCGCCAAAAAAAACUCCCUCCUUCCCUUUUAUUACCGUCUCCCAUUCUACCUCCCAUUUAUUGUAGUCAAGCUUUUUACUCGGUGGGAGAGAUGAAAGGGUCUUCCAAGUUGGUAAUGGGAGCAACGCUGCUGAUGGCGGUGCUCCUGGCCAUAGUGUUAGGCCUGGUCCUGGUGCUGUUGGCGGAGCUCUACUGCUCUCUUUUGCAGCGCAGGCGUCGACCACUGGUCACCGCCACCUCCGAUUCCAUCCUCACAGCCAACACUUGCUCUCCUCAGCCUUCACAGGCCCAAGUCCAAUCAGCUCUUCCUCCCCCUCCUCCCCUCGCUAGUUUCUACUCUCAAGGGGUUCUUCGCGCUCCUAGAAGCUUCCUCUUCCCUGCUGUGUCUAGCGAGGAAGACAAGGCGGAGAUGAAGAAGCAGCAUUCUCAGAUUCAAACAAUUCUUGAAGUGCAGACUCCACAAUCAAACACCAGUCCCCACAGAAUCGGUCUUCUUGCAGCUUCACCUCCACCACCUCCAUCAGCUCCAUCCAAACCAAUUCAACAAGGUGGUGGCAGUAGUUGCAAUGAAGGAGUCUGCGGUAGUGGAGAGGAUUUUAUCUACAUAUCCAAUCCCAUUUAUGACAACGAGGCAAACCGACCAAGCCUGGUGGACACCCCAUUUGAAACCCCGGACACAUCGCCUUCGCGUUUAGAAAUGGGAAGUUCUUCUGGUGAGGAUGAGGUAGCCCAGCCAUGUCAGUCCAGCCCUUCCUCGCCACCAACCACUCCUCCAUUAACUCCAAUGAAGAAGCUCCCAGCCGAGGCUUGUUCGGUUUCACUGAGAGAUGCCCGGUCUCUUGGCACUUCAGGCAGUGAUUCUAACAGCAUCAAUGGCCCUUCAUCAUCAUCAUCCGGGUCUCCUCGCACUUCCCCUUCAUGGUGAGCUUGUUUCUUGGGGUGAGUGUUUUUGUGAAUAGAAUAAUGCCAGGUGGAAGGAAAUGAGGAAAGAGACAGAAAGACUCCAACCCAAGAACCUUUCUCAGCAGGCGUGACAAUGGCUCGUCAACCCAAAGAUCUUUUCUAAACUCUUCUCUCCAUGUUGUAGAAUCCUUCUUUUUUUUGUCCCUUGUUUUGUGUGGGUGUUUUUUGGAAACGCAUUGCAAGAUUACCCUUUGGUAGUAGAAAACAAAGCCUUCUUUUUGUUUUGGGAUUUGUGAGGAUGCAUGUGAGCUGUGUGAUGUGUGUGGACCAUAUGAAAAGAAAAGAUAGAAUCACUGGUUGUGAUGGAUCUAGUAUGCUGAUUCCAAAGGCAUUGAAGCCAAAACACCAGAACUGUCACCUGCGACUGCGUGGCUUUUGUCCACUUUAGGUAGGUAAGGACAGCUCUCCUUUUGCAUUCCUGGCCCCAUAUGUAAGAACGUUCAGUUCCUUUACUCACCCGUUUUCGUUUUUUAACAAACAAAACUAUUAUGAAUC